CAAAGCACCAGCUUAAAUUAUUACGUCGCCACUAUUAACGGUAGCAACCACCGCCUCCACCGUUCCCUCUGCACACAAAAUCCAAACUCACUCAACUCCUCAAACCAGCGAAGAAGAAAAUGAACAAAGAACAAAAGACGCGCGUGGCAUUCACGAUCGCCACUAUAGGAGCUGCCUUAAUCUCCAUCUUCUUCACCGUACGCCGUAGGCGGAAGCAGCAAGAGUCUCCUUCGAGUUCGUGCUACUCACAUUCCGAACCGAAGCCACAAUGGACGUUUAAGCGAGUAUUAGCGGAUAAUUCCUAUGCGCCGUUUAAGCAUUUGAGCUGCAACGCCUCCGAGAAUGGUUCAAAUUUGCAUCCAUUUGAGGCAGAGAUUACGGCAUUGUUAAGGAAUGAUCAACCUGAAAUUGAACUUAGUGCUGAGAAAUUAGAAUUGAAAGAUUCAUAUGUUUGGGUUGAAACUGAGAUGCAGUUAAAGGAACUGGUCAAUGUAUUGAGCAAGGAAAGGGUCUUUGCUGUGGACACAGAACAACAUAGCUUACACUCUUUUCUAGGCUUUACAGCAUUAGUUCAGAUUUCUACACAACAGGAAGACUAUUUGAUUGACACUAUUGCCCUGCAUGAUUCGAUGGAAAUUCUUCGCCCAGUUUUUGCUAACCCUUCAAUUUGUAAAGUGUUCCAUGGGGCUGACAAUGAUGUUCUCUGGCUACAGCGGGAUUUCCAUAUAUACAUUGUUAAUCUAUUUGAUACUUCAAAGGCAUGUGAGGUGCUAUCAAAACCACAGAAAUCACUUGCUUAUUUGCUAGAAACUUACUGUGGUGUGAUAACAAAUAAAUUAUUACAGCGUGAAGACUGGAGACAACGCCCUCUCUCAGCAGAAAUGGUACUUUAUGCACGGACAGAUGCACACUAUCUAUUGUAUAUUGCCAAGUGUCUGCUCCUUGAACUCAAACAGCUAGACAAUGAAAACUCUUGUUCCGAUGACAAAUUCCAUUUUGUUCUCGAGGCUAGUCGACGUUCAAACAUGAUUUGCUUACAACUUUUCACAAAGGAGAUUGAAGCUUCGCCUGGAGAAUCUGCUGCAUUAUCGUUAUUUUCACGUCAUCAGAGCAAUCAAGGUUUUCCUUCAGUUUCCAAUGAAACCCAGUUUCUGUAUACCGUCAGGCAGCUGUGCACAUGGAGAGAUUUGAUGGCUCGUAUUCAUGAUGAGAGCUUAAAAUAUGUACUGCCAGACCAGGCAAUUGUUGCUUUGGCAAGUCGGCCUCUUGCAAGUCACGCUGAAAUAUUCAACACCAUAGUUCAGAUUGAUAUGAAUGCAGAAAUAGGUCUGAGCUCUCGCAUCCCUUCCCCAUCUGCUGUCGUGGACAGUCACCUGAGUGAUAUCCAUCAUCUACUUGCAAAUGAAUUGGUUAACCAUGGUGAUAUUUAUUCAGUGAUUCUUCAGAAGUGUCUAGGUCAAAAUGGAAGUUGUAAACUUAACAUAUUUAAUUAUGCUUUGUUGGUUAACAUUAAUCCGAGACCUGCUUUAUCUUAUAAACACUCAAGCCUAAAAAAUCCUAAACAACAUUCCCGUAAGGCUUCUCGAAAUUUGUUCGUUAAAAAAUUCUCAUGCAAAUCUCCUGUUUAUCACAAUUGCCGGAUAUUUGCUAAUGACGGGAGGCUGCUUUGUUAUUGUGAUCGAAAGAAGCUUGAAUGGUACAUUAGUCGGGAUCUUGCAAAACUUAUUGAAGAGGAACCCCCAGCUAUAAUGCUUCUUUUUGAACCCAAAGGUCGCCCAGAGGAUGAAGGCAAUGAUUUUUAUAUCCAGAGUAAGAAAAAUAUAUGUGUUGGAUGUGGUGAAGGAAGUCACUACUUACGAUAUCGAAUCAUCCCAUCAUGUUACAGAAUACAUUUCCCUGAGCAUCUGAAAAGCCACCGCUCUCAUGAUAUUGUCCUACUUUGUGUGGAUUGCCAUGAAGUUGCCCAUGUUGCUGCAGAGAAGUACAAGAGAAAACUAGCUUCUGAAUUUGUGAUUCCUCUUUAUGUUCGUAAGGUAAUCCACCCGGGGCAAGAGACUGAAAAUCCGAAUGAUGAGGGAGGUGUAUCUCCGUUACAAUUACGAACAGCUGCUAUGGCUCUUCUACGUCACGGGCCAAGAAUGCCUCUUGAUCGCCGUGAAGAACUGACUGAGACUGUAAAGAGAUAUUAUGGAGGAAGGGAGAUAUCUGAGGAAGAUCUAGAAAGAGCUUUGCAAGUUGGCAUGAGUCCUCAUGAGAGAAGAAAAUUUGAGAAGAAGAGAGGGAUAUCAUUUAAACAUUCCAUGGAAAAUGCUGCUGCAAUGCCAAAAAGGGAGAAUCAUGCUGAUUCUGCACCUAGUAGAAUGAGUAAUGGGGACCCUUUGAAUUUUGAUACUCUUGAUGGUUCCUAUGCAAAUGCAGAAACAACUGGAGAUAAUAGAGAAGAUAGUUUUGGAAAACCGUCUUUGGCUUCUGAUCUUGCAGUUGAUGGAGCUACUUCAAAUGGAAACACCAUCCUAGUUACAACUACAGAUUAUGAUGAAGAUUCAACACAAGCAAAACAUAAUUCGAAACUAUCACUCUUGGGACAUGGUCCACAUGGGAAACAAGUUGUAGAUCAUUUACUGAAGGAGUAUGGUGAAGAUGGCAUUCGAGAGUUCUGUCAAAGAUGGAGACAAGUAUUUGUGGAUGCUUUAAAACCACGUUUUCUUCCUGCUGGAUGGGAUGUAAAACACAGUGGAAGAAGGGACUUCGGUGACUUCAGUAUAUACAAUCGUGACAAAAAGCAGCUUCUACAGAAUGAAUGAGUAACGCGCUUAUUUUGGUACAUGGAUGCUAUCAAAAUUUCAGUGUGAUACUCCACCUCCUCUCGUUAUUUACAUGUACUUUUGGAAAACAAAUUACUGUGACAUUCCAUAAACCGAUGUUUCGUUGUUUUUUUUUUUUUUUUGACAAUUCCAUCCACAAUUUUGUUUGUUUUACUAUCCUUGAUUAUUUUUUAGUAUCUGGUUUUUUAGUAGCUUCUAACAACAUUUUUGCUCAGAACUUUGUUUUCUGUUUGGGUAUUAAACUUGCUUAAGAUGCAUCACUUGCUUGGGUAAUUUUGAAGCUGGAUUCUAAAGUGGUGGUUGAUAUGGUGAAUUCUAGAAGAACCAAUAUUCGUUUCGUUCAACCUUUUCUUGAUGAGAUUAUUUCCCUUCUCUAGCUGUGAGAUUGGAGGUUCACCAUCGUCCUCAUUUAUUGUAAAGCCAACAAAUAUGCGAUUUUCUUGUUAAUAAGGAAGGAACACUUUACCCCCUUGAUUGGAGUCAUUGUAGGUUCUGUUUUUUCUUUGUUUGAUUUAUUGUUACCCCAUGAUAUUAGAUGUGUUUAUACCUCUUUGGAUUUUGUUUUC